AUGUCGAGAUUGGGAUCAAGGCUGCUUCCAGAUUCGGUCGCAAGAGGUCUGUUAAAUAGCGGAGAAGAAACUGCAGAGGAGGGCCAGGCGUUACGGCAUGGAAUCUCGGGGCGAUUACGUCCUUCCGUUUAUGAGCGGCCACCCAAUUCAGAUUCGAACAGUCGAGUGUCGCUCACGGGUUCUAUCAGAAGACGCGGCGAGAACCGAACUGAAUCCAGACGACGGACAAUCCGAGGACCAUUUCCUGCUCUACAAAGGGUCAAUCAACCCUUCGAAUCUAGUGGCUCAUGGUCAGAAUCCAUGGAUGGCGAUCUACGAGAAAUACCUCAACCUGCGGCCUCGGGCCUCCGACGUCGAAACAGGUUUAGCAGAGUUCGGGAUUCGAUAUCACUCUCUCAACGAAUUUCCAGUCUGUUUCGGCAGUCCACAGAGCAGCUAGCAUCCAGCCAGGGAGGCCGAGAGUCUCCUUCGCGGCCGGCGAGGGUAACUUUUGCGGAUGAGUCUGAUCAUCUCCUUCCAUCCAUCCCCUCCGCUGACCAACGCCACGAGAAUGAUGAUGCUCCUCAUGAGCUAGAUGCAGUUGAACCUGAAGCUCGGACCCUCCUGGCCGGGCCACGAGUUACUUCAGGCAUGAGCACAAUCAGACGUUUCCAGCCAGGCCUCCGUUCACGAUCAACACGACUCAUAAGAAGAGGCGAGCAUCCGCCGCUUUCGCAGGUUCUCCAGCUAGCCGCCGCGGCCAUCGCGGCCCAACUUUCAGGUCACGCCACAGCCAGUUCGACGGGUGCCCGCCAUCUUGGUGGCGACACUUUUGAUGGAAGUAUCCAGAAUUUCGUACAAACUCUUCAAGAAGCGGCAACGGCCCAGGCUGGAGAAAACAUCGACAUGAACGCAUCGGACGGUGAUCUGCCGCCAGUGAACUUUAUGAGAGUAUUCCAAUUUCCAAACGAUGAAAACGGUUCGCCCAUUGCAUCACAGGCGGAAUCGCGGGAUGUUGAUCAGAUGGAUCUGGAUUCUAUCACAGGACCCGGUGAAAGCGAUCGGUCUGUAACCUUGGUCCUCGUCGGGGUUCGAUCCCUCCCCCACGGUCAGGACAAUACUGGCAAUGAGAAUGGUACGCUGGGCCCAAGCCUUGACACGCUUUUGAGCCUACCCUUCUUGCCUCCAGCCAAUGUGCUACGGAAUGGAAGCUCCGGCGCCUUAUUUCGACGUUCGGAUGGAAGAAACAGAUCGAGCACCCGGCGACACUCGAUGACCAACUUCAGCUUUCCUGCACAAUACGAGACUCAACGACAUCAACGCACCCGAACACAGACCAGCCGCUUGUCCAGCCAUUCAGAUCAAACUGUCCCUACGACACCUGACGCAGGCGCUUCCUCUACCUUGGUCUCGGAAACUCCUCCUGGGCCCAUUCCUCCGCCCUCCACCCCUGCGGACAUCCGAAGUGGCCAUGCUACGCCCAUUCGUCGACCAUCCUCAGCAUCGGCGGCACCUAAUCAGACGCUCUCGGAACUCGAGGAGGAUCACGCACAAGACCAUGCCGAUAACCGUGCCCCAGAAACUUCCUUCAACACCGCACGUCAACGGAGACGAAGUGAUUCUGAAUUCGCUCGUCGGCCAGAGUUGGGAUCUGGCGCAGCAAGGCGCAACGGGAUGGUGGAGCCGGAUCCUCCGCCAGCUGGAGCUGGACGAAGUUGGCUGAUCUACGUUGUGGGCACCAACGUUUCGGCGACUCAUCCUGCCUUUGCUAUGCCCAGCCUGUUCACUGACAAUCCGUCCUACGAGGACAUGCAGAUGUUGUCAACGCUGCUUGGACCUGUCAAGCCACCGGUUGCAACCCAAGACGACGUGAGCGCUGCUGGUGGGGUGUUUCGCCUAAUCGUCCAAGAACCGGGCUUUGUCGGGGAAGCCGUUUUAGAGAGCGAUGACUCGUCGCUCGUGAUCCACUUGGGAGAGCGGUGUCUCAUUUGUUUGUCUGACUAUGCAGCAUGGGAAGAAGUGCGCCGCCUAGAUAAAUGCAAGCAUGUCUACCACCGUGAAUGCAUUGACGAGUGGCUUACAACUGGUCGGAACAGCUGUCCAAUGUGCCGUGGCCAAGGUGUGCAAGAGAAAGCCGCAUCUUCUCCUUCGGCAACGAAUGCAGGUGCCGCUUCCUCAACCACUACAUAA